AGUAUCCUGAAGUUGGGACUCUAGUUUCAAGGUCACAUAUUUUCAUAGAGCAUAAAUUAAAGGUGAUCUGUGCAUUUCAGAAACCAAAGACAAUUACAGUUAUUACAUAACAUAACCAAGCAAAAUGUCUACAGCAGGCAAAAUCUUAGCUUUUUCCAAAGUGAGAUACUUUUCAUCUAGCAAAAGAACCCUAACAGGAGGGAAAAUCAUUUUUGCCAAAUCUUCUGGAGCUUCGAGCUCAAAAUCGCCUGAGUCGAAUGUACAGGGGCUGAGUGAAAAUGUGGUAAAAGUGCCCAAAGAGCCUGUAGGUCCAGGUGCAAGUAAAAGCUCAAACUACCCGAACCCCGAGUACUUCUGCUAUGACAAAAACAGCUACUUUGAGGCAGAGGUGGAGAUCUUGAAAUACCGAUGUCCGCAGCCUUCGGUUUUCAACUACUACGAACACUCUAAUCCGAAAUAAACCAUCAAAGAGCUCAAACAUAAACUAAGUUUAUUGAUUAGUCUACAGGUUUAAUCGUAAUAAAUCUGGAUAGGAUGAACACUAUAACAAGUGUGGUACAGACCAUGCAGUACGCAAAUAUAUAGAAUGAUUCCUCAUCAAAUACAUCCGUAAAAGCUG